AUUCACCUUGUUCAGUCUCUUACGGCGCUCGCUCUCAACUUGUUCUCUCUUCUCCUCCUCAGCUCCUAGCUUAGCAAAAGUCGACGCACAUAACAGUCGACGCAGUUGUCCGUUCCCUCACAGUCUCAUUCAUCAGUCCGGCCCGGAUACAAGCAAAGUUAACCUAGCUCCGUUCCCUUUUUAAUUAUCCUCACUCCCAACCACCCAAACACAAUUUGGAUUGAUCCACCAUCAAAAGUGAUUUGAUUUGUGAUCCCAUUUGCCUUCAUCGAAGAGGUUGUCUCCACCCAGGAAUCCAAAAUGAGAUCCCAUCAGCUGAUCGCGUUGGGAUUACUCGUCACUUUGCAGUGGUGCGUUUUGAGCGUCCGCUCCAGCAACGACAGCAGCAAGUGCGCCUUGCUCAUUCCCGGCCCCACGACCAGCACGUGCGUCAGUUACGACGCCAUCAACAGAGCCUUCAACACCGCAAAGGCAACCACCCGCCUCGGCGGCCCCCAAUCAAAGAGCAAAGAAUUGAGCGACAUUGAAAUCGACGUGCUCGGCAGAACCAUCGUCGAGACCAGCCGCAUCUUGGCCAAAGAAUUCAAUUUGGCGCCAGAUGCCAUCCACAUAGGAUUGCCAAUGAUCGACACCAGACACACGGACAUUGACGCCUACUGCCCAGUCAGAUACCAGCGACCCCAAUGCAAGGUCCAGCGCUACCGCGAACUCGACGGCAUGUGCAACAACUUGGAAAAUCCCCACUGGGGCGCCGUCAUGGCCCCUUUCCGUCGACUCCUCGCACCCAACUUCCAAGACGGUGUCGACGCGCCCCGCGUAUCGGCCAGUGGCGCCGAAUUGCCAACAGCUCGACUCGUGUCGUCCCUCACCCACAAGGAUAUGGGCUUUCACGAUCACGCCGUCACCAUCUACUUGCCGGCCUGGGGACAGCUCAUCGAUCACGACAUGGCGAUGGGUGCCGAAUCCAAAGAUCCCAAGACCAACUCUGAGCCCAAAUGCUGCAACGUGCCAGCCAAUCAACGCCACCCGGCUUGCUGGCCCAUCGACAUCCCCAAUUCGGAUCCCUUCUACAAACUCUUCCGCCGGACCUGCCUGGAUUUCGUCCGCUCCGGCAACGGAGUCAAGGAUUCCUGCAAGCUGGGCACCCGAAUCUCCGUCAACACCGUGUCCGCCUACCUGGACGCCAGCCACGUCUACGGCAGCAAUCUGGAAACGCUGAAGAAACUGCGCGUCUUCAAGGGCGGCCAAAUGAAAAGCAACGCCAUGAACCGACACAAGGGCAUGAAGGACUUGCUCCCGCCCCAGAUGGAGAAUCCCGACGCCAAUUGCAAACGACCCAACAAGGAUGUCCACUGCUUCAUGGCCGGUGACGCUCGAGUCAACCAACAAAUGAUGUUGGUGGCCCUGCACACGAUCCUGAUGAGAGAACACAACCGCAUCGCCCUGGAACUCAGCCAAAUCAAUUCGCACUGGGACGACGAGAAAAUCUUCCAGGAAACGCGUCACAUCAUCGCCGCCAUCGUCCAACAAAUCACCUACAACGAAUUCUUGCCCAUGGUCCUGGGCAAGGAAGUCAUGGAACGCUACAACCUCCUCGGAGAAAGACAAGGAAUGUUGAACAAGUACAACCCGAAAUUGGAGGCCAGUCUGCCGACUUCUUUCUUUGCGGCCGCUUUCCGUUUCGGUCACUCCCUCAUCCCCAACGCCCUAGAGCGCUGGAGCACAUCCCACAAAUUCAUCCAGUCCCGACGCCUCAGUGACAUCAUCAACAAGCCGUUCGACGUCUACACCGGCAACACUUGCGACGAGUACCUCACUGGAUUCAUGAACCAAAUCUCACAGGCCGUCGAUGAUUCCGUCUCACAAGAGUUGACCAAUCAUCUCUUCAGAGAUGAAACCAGCGGAUUCGGCUCUGAUUUGGCCUCGUUGAACAUCCAGCGCGGCCGUGAUCACGGCGUUCCCUCCUACAACGCCUACCGCGAAUUCUGCGGACUCCGUCGCGCUCGCCACUGGACUGAUUUGGCUGGAUCUUUCACCAACGAAACCCUUCACAAAUACAUGCAAGUCUAUUCCACCCCUGACGAUAUGGAUCUGUGGUCAGCUGGUGUCUCCGAAAGGCCUUUGCCCGGCAGCAUGGUCGGCCCCGUUUUCGGCUGCAUCAUGGGAGAAACGUUCAAAAAUCUUCGCCUUGGCGAUCGCUUUUGGUUCGAAAAUGCCGGACAGCCCAGCUCCUUCUCUCAAGACCAAGUGAACGAAAUCCGCAAGGUCAAAUUGUCCCGCGUCAUUUGCGACAACAGUGACCACAUCGAAACUGUUCAAGUUUACGUCAUGGUCCUUCCGGACGCCGAAAUCAAUCCUCGCGUGGCGUGCAAAUCUGGAAUCCUGCCACGCAUCAACUUGGCCAAGUGGAAGGAAUAAAACAAAAACAAAAUAAGGAAAAAUCGCCUUGGUUUUUUCUAAAAGAAUCAACAAUAGGUUUGAUUCUUUUAAAAAUAUAUUAGAUUAGAAAAAAUGGAUUUAAAAGAA